AUGCGGAGGGUGCUGGAGGGAGAGCAGGAGAACUGGCUGCGCACCAACUGGAUCUACCGGGGCGAAGCCCGGCGCGUCUUCGUCGAGCUGCGCUUCACCGUGCGCGACUGCAACAGCUUCCCCAGCACCUCGGGCGCCUGCAAGGAGACCUUCAACCUCUACUACGCCGAGUCGGACGUCGACUACGGCACCAACUUCCAGAAGCGGCAGUUCAAGAAGAUCGACACCAUCGCCCCGGACGAGAUCACGGCGCGGGGGGACUUCGCCGUGGACGAAAACAGUUACUCGGUGCUGCGCUGCGAGGGCACCUCGGUCACCAUCCCCAAGCUGGCACCGGGCACGGCGUACGUGGUGCGGGUCCAGGCGCUCACCCAGGAGGGCCAAGGCGCCUACAGCCCCCAGCACGAGUUCGAGACCCUCCCCGAGGGUGAGUACGGGGACCCCAACCAGGCGGUGCUCAAGUUCACCACCGAGAUCCACCCCGCCUUGGUCACCCGCCAGAAGGUCAUCGGUGCCGGCGAGUUCGGUGAGGUCUACAAGGGCACCCUGAAGCGCGGCAAGAAGGAGGUGCCCGUGGCCAUCAAGACCUUGAAGGUGGGCUACACGGAGAAGCAGCGCGUGGACUUCCUCAGCGAGGCCAGCAUCAUGGGCCAAUUCUGCCACCACAACAUCAUCCGCCUCGAGGGGGUCGUCUCCAAGCGUGAGCCUCCCCUCUCCUACCCCUCCUUUGCCCAAACCUCGGCCACCUACCAGCUCAUGCUGCAGUGCUGGCAGCAGGAGCGGGGCCGGCGGCCCAAGUUCGCCGACGUCGUCAGCAUCCUCGACAAGCUCAUCCGGGCGCCCGACUCGCUCAAGACCCUGGCGGACUUUGACCCACGGGUCUCCAUCCGCCUGCCCAGCACCAGCGGCUCCGAGGGCCUCCCCUUCCGCUCCGUCACCGAGUGGCUCCCGGCCAACCAAACGACCCCAUUUCCCAGUGACAUUAAGAAAAUCGGCGUGCGCUUGCCGGGCCACCAGAAACGCAUCGCCUACAGCCUGCUGGGGCUGAAGGAGCAGCUCGGUGCCACGGGCGUCCCCCUCUGAGCCGGGAACCCCCCUGAAAUACUUGAAGCGGAGGAAUGA